AUGGCUGAUGUCCAUCAUUCAUUUUUGGGACUGCUUGUGACAGUUUUGUACCUGCUAACAGGUGUCAGUGGAAACACUCUUUUUCUGUACUCCAUUGUUGGAGGUAAUGUCAGUCUGCCGUGUAACAAUGUGAUUUAUCCAAACUGCUCCUCAACUAUAUGGAACUAUGGAUCUAUUGAAGAAGUCCGUCUUGGGAGGGUGAAAAAGGAAGAACUGAACAACAGAGCAGACAGACUGAGUUUAGGGUCUGACUGUUCUCUACAUGUUAUUGAUGUCAGAGCUGAGGAUGCUGGAGUCUACAUCUGUCAACAGUUCCUUACAGAGGGUGGACCACAAUAUGGAGGUGAUGCUCCUGUUCAUCUGUCUGUUCUAACUAUGUCCUCGUCCUCACCAGUCACAGAUAUAAAACCUGAUAGACCAGUAACAUUAAGGUGCUCUCUGCACACCCACAAUGGACCUGGCAGAUGUGCCCCAGGCAUGAACCAAGAUGUUAGUCUGAGCUGGCAGGGGGUGGAUGAGGCAGAUACUGGGCUGAUUGAGGCAGGUACUAAUGUGCAGGGAGACUCAAGAUACAAGGUCACACAGCUGUCUCACUGUGACAUCACUCUGAAUAUGACACUCCAGAGGGAGGACAACAACAGGAAGUGGAGGUGUCAGCUGACUGGAAAAGUGGAAAUCUUCCUGGAUUUCAUCUUUAAGUUCUCAGGUACCAGUAAUGCUGUUAAGUUGCCCAUCAGUCGCAUCAUGCUCUUUGUGACUCUGACCGUCAUGGCUGCCAUAGUCACUAUUCACACAACAAGGAGGAACCUCCCACCCAAGGCUCUGCACCCACAAGCAGAAGAAGCCUCUGGUAUUGAGCUUCAGGUCCUGGAGGAAUGACCCCUUGUUCCUCACUCUUCUUCCUGUGCUGGACUAAGACUUUCAAACUGUCUGUAGCUUUAUUGAUUUAGUAACUGAGGAUAUUAUACAUGUUUUCUAAAGCUGAUGUUCAUCUAUGAUAGAGUAGAGUGUGUUGGAAGAUGUAUUAAUAGUUGUAUUCUAAUAUUUUUGUAUCUUUAGUAUCUAUUUUACACGUCUUUUUGUUUAUUUAUGUUUAUUGCAUGCAGUAGGGGUGCAGACAUCAAUUAAGCAAAGCAUGGCUGAUGUGUGAAUGAUACGUUUGUUUUUUAUUUUCUGUCCAUUGUGAAUGAAGUCAGCAUAGAGAAAUUCUAAUUUACUUUAUCAAUAUUUUUUUUCCCUAAUCCAAUUUUUUAA